UUGCAUGACAUGUUUUUAUUGAUGGCGUGAAAAAAAUUUUUUUCGGUAAAAUGGCUCCUGUUCCUAUUGUAGAAACGGAUGUCGUAAACGAAAAUCAAAAUGAAAGUACACCAGAAAGUGCACCUACUAAGCCAACCAUCGGCAUUAUUUAUCCUCCUCCAGAACUGAGGAAUAUUGUGGACAAGACUGCAAGCUUUGUUGCAAGAAAUGGACCUGAGUUUGAAGCCAAAAUUCGUCAAAAUGAAAUCAAUAACAAAAAGUUCAACUUUCUUAAUUUGGGAGAUCCCUAUAAUGCGUAUUACCAACACAAGGUCAAGGAGUUCAAAGAAGGAAAAGGAACGCCUGAUGCAAGUGCUCCUCCUGCACCUUCAAAGCCUGAUGCUGUUAAAAAGCCAGACAUUUUAAAAUUGACUGAGGUGCAAAUCGUCCCUAAAGAACCACCACCAGAAUUUGAAUUCAUAGUUGAUCCUCCAUCUAUUUCAGCUUUUGAUUUGGAUAUUGUCAAGUUAACGGCACAGUUUGUUGCUAGAAAUGGCCGUCAAUUUUUGACCAAUCUUAUGAAUAGAGAGCAAAGAAAUUAUCAGUUUGAUUUUUUGAGACCUCAACAUAGUUUAUUUAAUUACUUUACUAAGUUGUUGGAACAAUAUACCAAGAUUUUAAUUCCUCCUAAGGACUUGAUGAGUAAACUACGGAAAGAAUCGGAUUCUGCCAAAGUUGUAUUAGAGCAAGUACGUUAUAGAGUUGAAUGGACUAGGCAACAAGAAGCAAUCAAAAGACGUGAAGAAGAAGAAGCUGAACGAGAGAGAGUCCAGUAUGCUCAAAUUGACUGGCAUGAUUUUGUUGUGGUUGAAACAGUGGAUUACCAGCCUAAUGAGCAAGGGAUGUUUCCUCCUCCUACUAAUCCUGAUGAAGUUGGAAGCAGAGUGUUACACCAGCAAAGAAUCGAAGAACAAGGGGUUGAGGAUGUUGAAAUGGAAGUUGAAUCUGAUGAAGAAAGCAGUGAUAAAGAGAUUACUGACAAAACAAAUGCAUCAAAGCCUGGAGAAGAUAGUUCGUCAUCAUCUGAUGAAGAUGAAGAAGACCACAGAGCCAGUCCACCUCCUUUACCUCCAAAAGAAGCUCCUCCAUUGCCUCCACCUCUUCCACCUCAGCCUGAUCAAGUGGUUAUUCGUAAAGAUUAUAACCCCAAAGUUCUAAAGCCAGCUACGCCUGUUACGGAACACUUCUUGAUCUCUCCAAUAACCGGUGAAAAAAUCCCAGCAGACAAAAUGCAGGAACAUAUGAGAAUUGGAUUAUUGGAUCCUCGAUGGGUUGAACAGAGAGAUAGAGCUGUACAAGAAAAAAUAACACAAGAAGAAGUUUUUGCUCAUGGAACUUCCAUUGAAAGUAGUUUGAAACAAUUUGCUGAAAGACGUACUGAUAUUUUUGGUUCUGGUGUUGAGGAAACAGCUAUUGGUAAAAAGAUUGGUGAAGAAGAAAAAAAACGUCCUGAAAAAGUAACUUGGGAUGGUCAUACUGCUAGCAUGGAAGCAGCAACUCGUGCUGCAAGAGCAAACAUCACAAUUGAAGAACAGAUUCAACAAAUUCACAAAAUUAAAGGUUUACUUCCAGAUGAAGAAAAAGAAAGAAUAGGGCCUUCUAAACCACAGGAUGCAGCAGUAACAUCUGCUAUUUCUUCUGCAGCUCCUAUGAAAUUAAUAACUGUUCCUGCUUCUAAUGUUACUGCAGCAACUACAGCUGCUACUACAACUGCAACUGCUACAUCAAAUUUGACAACACCAACAACUUUGUCUAAAUCACAACCAUCACCAAUGACACCAACUUCUACCCCUUCUACAACAACUUCUGUAAUGCCUCAACGCCCACCAUUACCACCAUUGCCUCCAAUACCUAUUCCACCUGUUUCUACUAUAUUGCCACCACGGCCAAUGAUGCCACCUCCACAGGGACUGAUUAUAGCCCCUUUACCUCCCCCUGGACCACCUCCUUCUCAUCUUUUGGCAAUGCCAAGGCCACCAAUGCCACCUGUUAUAGGACCUCCUGGUGCUGCAUUUGUGCCUCCAAUGCAUCCAGUAGCUCCACCUCCUCAAAUAUUGCCUGAUAGACCACCAAUGAUUGCUCCCGGUAAAACUUCUGUAAAUGCUGCCUCUGAAGAUGAACCUGCCCCGAAGAAACAGAAGACUGAAGAUAGCUUAAUACCAGAAGAAGAAUUCCUUAAGAAAAAUAAGACGCCAGUUACUUUCAGAGUACAAGUACCAUCUAUUGCUGAAAAACCAGAGUGGAAGCUGAAUGGCCAAGUUUUAGCAUUCACUUUGCCAUUGACUGAUGCUGUUUCUGUGAUUAAAGCAAAAAUUCACGAAUCUCUCGCUAUGCCACCUGGGAAACAAAAACUACAACUUGAGGGCAUGUUCAUUAAGGACUCAAAUUCCUUAGCAUAUUACAACAUAUCACCAAACUCGAUUGUGUCUUUGCAAGUGAAAGAGAGAGGUGGCCGUAAAAAAUAAAGAUAGUGAAAUAAUAAAAACUGCUGCAUACAGUUUUUUUUUUUUUUUUUUUUUUUUUUUUUUUUUAAUCUACAAUGAUUGCUUUUGCUAUUUUGUCUUUCAGUAUUCUUUCAUAAUAUAAAUAAUUCAAAACAAUUUUGCUAUGAAUUACUGAAAUUUAGACUUUUUUCGUUUGGUUUCUUUACUAAAGGAAAUGCUUGUUGAUUUUAAAUAUAUUAAAUUUAUAUUUUGCAUUUAAUUGUAC